AUAGAAAACGCAGUUGCACUUAAAGUGAGUCCGGCAGAAUGACACUAUAUUUCGAUACGAAAAUCGAGUUUCUGGACUCGGAUGCGGUGAGCACCAUCAGCAGCUGGCAUCCCAGUGAGCCGCUAUUCGCUGUGGCUUCGUUCAGCCCGGAAAGAGGCGGAUCCGUGACUAUUUUUGCAGAUACAGGUGAACCACAGCGGGAUGUCACAUACCCAGUGCACGCCACCUCCCAGGCCACGGCCCUUUGUUGGCACCCGGAGAAGGCUCUGCUGGCCAGCGGCUGGGAGCACGGCGAUAUCCAUGUGUGGUUCGCAGGACACCGAGAGUUCGCCAGUGUCAGUGCCCCACACAAGGCGGCCAUUGUCCUGCUGCAGUUUAGCGAGCAGGGCGGACGCAUGGUCACGGCUGACGCCAUGGGCUUGGUCACCGGAUGGCGUUGCGAUGGUCAGUACCAGUUCCUCACCAUGUUCUCGCACGAUCUAAGGGAGGUGCUGCUGCUGAUAUGCUUCCGACGGACAGUGGAGAGCGAGGUGCGCGAGGAGAUGGCCAAUUUGGCGAAGGCAGCGGUGGCCGGCGACGAGAAUGCUUUGGACACUCUGACCAAUUGGAGACCGAGGACUGCGGCUAGGGGUAUGACCCAUUCGGGAGUGAGAGAUAACCACUGCUUCUAUGCCUGCACACAGGGCGGAGUGGUUUACUACAUUAACCAGGGAGGCGCCUGUCUGGAGGUGAUGAAGUGCGGCUCCCUGCCGCCCAUUGUCCAGAUGUUGUGGCAUCCCAAGAAAGAUGCUGUCAUCUGCCUAAUGGAGGACCUGACUGUGACCCUGUUCCUGGUAGAGUCCACGGGCAUACUCACCGAGCUAGAUCGUGUCAAGAUGAGCGGUCGGGGAGGAGGCAGACAGGGUGGGAUUGCCUGGUCGGGGAACUCGCUGGCCAUCAUCACAGGCGAUCUAUUUGUGCGUAUUUGGGACAUCGAAAGGAGUGACAAUUACCUUUUAAAAAUGGAUCUGCCCAGUGGCAAUCAGGUAGGAUCCUCCAUGACCAGCUUGAGCAACGGUACCUUGUCCUCGUCCAAUCAGUUCUUUAGCCCGGACAGCACCGAGAGCAGCAGUGUGCCCCGAAAGACGCCCAAGUUCGGCGAAGAGAUAUUCACUUGCCUGGCCUACAGCAACACGAAUCAAACUCUGUGUGCGGGAACCUCUCAGGGGAAUCUGUACGCCUGGAAGAGGAGCGGAAGUAGGCUAGUGAGUGCCCCAGAAGAAGCAUGGCAGUUGACGAAUAUAUCUUCGGUGAGAGGAGGAGCCAUCCGAAGCUGCGAAUGGGGAUUCAAUGAGCUGGGGAAACCCUGCAUGCUGGUCAACUGUCCCUCGAAUGUGUUUAUGCUAAAGGAGCAGCCUCUACUAGCCGUUCAUAUCCGCGAACUGUGGGCCGUUCAGCGCGCAGCUAAGACAGUGCAGUUGACGCACUGCAGCGGUCGGGAGACCAUGGUCCAAUCGGAGUUCCCAGUGACGGCCUUAGCCCUGAACGAACUGAGCUUGGUGCUAAGCAAUGGCAGGAGCAUCUCAUCCUACAGCCUGCAAAGGGUGGAGAAAAAAAGCCUAGACGAGUUUGAUGAGAUCCUGGAGGCCGUGGAGGGAGCCGAAGCUCCACCAUCUACCGGAGCCUCGCCAUCGUUGAGUGUUAAACUCCUGCAGACCUUUCCCGCCGAGUGCCUUUCGUUGGGACUGCACAACCAGAACAUCUUCUGCCUGGGAAUCAGCGACAUUAUGAUCUAUUCCGUGGGUGGCGUGGUUCUCCAUCGACUGCAGGCCAGCGACAUCGAAGGCAAAAUCAUUGGCAUGGACCUGAGUGGCUGUCAUCUCUCCCUGUUCACCAUGAAUGGUUAUGUCAAGGCCUAUGAUGUGUCCAGGCAUGAUCCGAAGCUGCUGUUCCCCAGCAAGUCGGGUCACGACAUCUUCGAUGACUUUGGUGAGUUCAUUUUGGUGAAGUGCAACAGUCAGGGAAACCACCUGGCCAUGGUGAUAGCCAGCAACAGUUUUACGCCCAUAUCCAGGCUGUACUGCUGGGAUUUCGAGAGGAAUAAUCUCUUGGAAUAUGGUCUUGGAGAGGGAGAGUCCAAGAAAGAGACCUCUAGCCUCCCUGUGCGUAUUUACUGGGACGCCGAUGAACCGAGACUCCUCGCCAUGGAGGUGAAGUCAAUGAUGCAAAAAAAGAUUGUGCCCCCAAAGAACUCCCAUCACUCCCACGCCCACGCCCAGCAGCCCAGUCACUUUGUGCAGUCGCAGAUCUUGCUCUUGUUUUACUCUGAAAAAGAUACCCUCAAUGUCCUGGAGACCCAGCCCCUUAAGCCGGGCUCUCAGCUGCUCAAUCUUUGCGUGCCCAAUGUGCUCCUCUUGAAGAUCAAUGCAGUAGAAGAGCAGCCUCUCCAGGACUUCGUAGACCUCCAGCAAUGCGAUGCUGUGACGAGGAAGCAAGUCCUAAACUUCAGUCUCUAUGUGGCGGAGGGAAACAUGGAUCUGGCCUAUCGCAGCAUACGCAGCAUUCAGUCCAAGGUGAUCUGGACCAACCUGGCCAAGAUGUGUGUCCACACCAAUCGUUUGGAUGUUGCCAAAGUGUGCAUGGGUCACCUGGAGCAGGCACGCUCGGUUCGUGCCCUCCGACAGGCCAUCGAAGAUGAUGAUUUGGAAACCGAAGCAAAAGUGGCAGUCCUGGCCAUAGAACUAGGCAUGAUUGAGGAGGCCAAAGAUCUGUAUCGUCGCUGCAAGCGAUUCGAUUUGCUAAACCAACUCCUACAGGCCACGGGGCACCUGGACGAGGCUCUAGAGGUGGCGGAGACCGAGGACAGGAUUCAUCUGAAGCACACCUACUACCAGAAGGCACAGGAGCUGCGUGAACGUGGUGACAUAAAGGGCGCACUGGAAUACUUUGAGAAGACGCAGAAUCCGGCACAGAAUAUAACCCAGUUGCUGUUGGAGAACCCAGCGGCCAUGAAGCGUUACAUCCAGACCACUUCGGAUCCCAAGCUGCUCAAGUGGUGGGGUCAAUACAUCGAGAGCUCCGGGGAUAUGGACGCUGCGUUGAGUGUCUACCACAAGGCAGAGGAUUGGUUUUCACAGGUCAAAAUCCUCUGUUACCUGGGAAAGAUCUCAAAAGCUGAUGCCAUAGCCAGGCAGUCGGGAGAUCGGGCUGCCUGCUAUCACUUGGCAAGGCACUACGAGAACGUAGGAAAGUUCCAGGAGGCCAUUAUGUUUUUUACACGCGCCCAGACAUUCAGCAAUGCCAUACGCAUCUGCAAGGAGAACGAUUUCCAGGAGGAGCUCUGGACCGUGGCCAGUUCCUCAAGACAACGAGACAAGGCCAUAGCAGCGGCCUACUUCGAAGAGUGCGGAAACUUUAAGCACGCCGUCGAGCUAUACCAUCGGGCUGGGAUGCUCCACAAGGCCCUUGAGAUGGCCUUCGAGAGCCAGCAGCCCGAGAUCCUGGAGAUUAUAGCUUCGGAACUGGUUCCCGAGUCAGACGCCGAGCUAAUCAAUCGCUGUGCGGAUUUCUUUAGCAGCAUCGAGCAGUUCCAAAAGGCUGUCCAGCUCCUGGCCAAGACCAGGCACCUGGAGAGAGCGGUGGGUAUCUGCCUGGAGAGGGGAGUUCCUGUAACCGAAGAGCUAUCGGAGAUGCUUACCCCCGAGAAAGGGGAAUUCGAGGAGGCUACACGGGUCAACAUCCUCAUCCAACUGGGAGAGCUCCUACAGCAGCAGGGAGACUACCACAGUGCCACCAAGAAGUUCACCCAAGCUGGUGACAAAAUGAGAGCCAUGAAGAGUCUGUUGAAGUCUGGAAAUACCGACAAAAUUAUCUUCUUUGCCAAUAUGUCCCGGCAACGUGAGGUGUACAUCAUGGCAGCCAACUAUCUGCAGGCCUUGGAUUGGCAAUCAGAUCCCCAGAUCCUCAAGCACAUCGUCAGCUUUUAUACGAAGGGUCAGGCUUUCGAUUCUCUGGCCAACUUCUAUGCCAUCUGCGCUCAGAUCGAGAUUGAGGAGUUCCAGGAUUAUGGCAAGGCCUUGACGGCCAUGCAAGAGGCCUCCAAGUGCCUGGAAAAGCUCACCCAUGCCCAGCAUGCCUACAAUAAUCUGCAGCGCACGGUGGCGGAUGUCAAGGUCAUUCUAGAGAUACAGCAGGCCCUGAGGGAUGGCGACCAUCAGUUGGUGAUAGGUUCCUGUCGGAGCAUGUUGGUCAAGCCAGAGCUACCUCCCAUCCGCCAUGCGCACAUUUUGGCCAUGCUAGUGCGAUCUCUGGUCUAUGCCAAGCAAUAUCCCGAAGCGGGCCGAGCUCUCAAGGAACUGGCUGUCAAGGACAACUCAUGGAGUGCUUCGGGUUUGGUGGAUCGUGGUAUAGUCCAGAAAAUAGCCAAGGAAUGCGACCUAGACUUCGAUCUCAUAUGGAACUCGGGUCGCCAGGUGGUCACCGCCUCCACGAUGAGCACGGGAAUGAGCAGCAGCAGCAGAACCUCUGCCAUGACGACAACAAGGGCAAGCUAUGACGACGACGAGGCUGAUGACGAGGAGAUUACCGAGGAGCUGCACUAGGAUGAUUCAAAAAUACUCUAGGAACUAGUCAUGGCAGUAUUUAUUCCGCUGAAUAAAUAAUAAUAAACAAAUACCUUUAUCCAGACGC